AAAACAUGUCUGUUUGUCAAAGUAGACUGCUGAUAGAUGAAAACCUCACAGAUUUUUGUCUUACCAGCAUUGGGGAUUGGCUUAAAAGAGAGGUCCAUCAUGCCUGAAACUAUGAAUUCAGCACUAAGUCAAGGAGAUCAAUUGAGCUGAAAUUUAAAAACAAAUAUUUGAGGGAUAAGAUUAUUACAAAAAUAUGAUGAGUUCUGUUUAAUUGCUCCCUCACCCAGCUAUAUGAAAUAUACUCAAGGAAGAAGGAAAUACAGCCAGAGAACAUUCUUAAUGAAAGUGGGUAUAUCCAUUGAGACCAAGAUACUAAUGAGCAAGCUUCUGAAAAACAGUUUGUCGUUAACAAUGUCCUUGACCAAAGCCAUAUGACUUCAGGGCAAAAGAGUUCAGUAGCUUGGAGUGAUAUGGCCAGUAGUAUCCUUUGCUCUCCGAAGCCUGAGCUGAUUGAGAAUAUCCCGAAACCACAGAGUGGAUUAGGAAUGAAGCCUCGAAACCAUAAAGUGAUGAAACCAACUCCCAGUAAAUUUAACAACAAGUCAUCUAUAAAUGAAUUCGAAACUCCUGAAAGGCCAAGAAGCUUGCACAGAGAGCCUAUCAGAAACCGACUAGAGAAACUAGACCUUGUAAGCUACAGAGAGAAAAGAUCUGAGCAUAUUCAAAAGCAUGUUUCAAGAGCUAGGGAGUGUACCAAUGCCCGAAAUUUGCUUACUGAACUUCGAAAAUUUGAAGUUAAAAAGAAUACAAAUUCUUUUGUGGAGCCUUGCUCUAAGAACAACCAGCUGAAUAUGAAUGCUAUUAAGGAAGAGAAUAAAUUUAUAAAUUCUACUAUUAAAUAUGGGAAGCCAGUGGAAAGAAGUCCAAGAAUCAAUACUGACAAAUUCAUGCAAACCGAGUUGAGACCUCAAACUAGUAGGAAGAAUCUCAACAAGAGCUCCUUUGUUCAUGGGAAGCCAGCCAAAACAACAUCAUAUGAAGGAACUUCAGCCUCUAAGAACACAGUACUGUCUCGCUAUCUGGUCCAAAAUUAUGAAUCUGUACUUAAAUAAGGGAAAAGUUAAUGAGAAGAAAAAGAUCUUGGAGAGGAACUUUAACAAUCUAGCUCCAAACUCUAAAACUUCUACACGAAGAGUCCCUCAAUCUAAGAACACAUGUCUAAAUAAUACAAGAAAUAUGAAAGGAAACUAUCCUAAAGACCUUGCGCUUGACCAGAGCGUCAGAGAUCAGAAGAAGAGUAGGAAUGAGACAGAAAGUAAUAAAAUUCAAAGCUAUAUUAGAAAUGCAAAUGCUAAAAUAAAGACCCGAAGAGGCACUCAUACAUCUCGUGCAAAUAUGUAUAUGAAUUAUUGCUACUCCAUUGAUAUAAAGGAUCCUGUAUCAGUUCAUAGUGCUAGAAGAAAUCUGAAUACGACUAUGGGCUUUUACAAAUCAGAGAAAACAGAGCCUCUUUUAGCGAGACUAAGCAGAAAAUACAAACGUUUAUCAGAAGAGCACACAAAUAUAUGAGUAGAUACUCAUAAUUUUAAAGAGAUUUCCACCGACCAGAAUAAUGAUGUGUGGCAGACACCGAAGAAACUUAACAAGACUAGUCUUCUCAAUCUACAUGGAGAUCUCCAACCAGUUAUAGAGCGAUCUACUAAUGAUGAUGCCUGCCAACGUAUACAAGGAAAACAGAAAUUUAAAGUGGGCUAUCAUAGAUCAAAGAAACUCUGUGAUUUUAUAGAAAAUCCUGAAAAGAAACCUUAUACAGCAAGACCUCAGAAAUCUAAAUUCAGUUCUUACCUCCCCUAAGCUCCCAUACUAAGAUUUUCACUCAUA